CUAACCCUAAUCUAAUUUCUCCUCUCUGCUAUUUCUUGCUGCUGCUGCUGCAAAUACAACCCACCGAAUCCAAAGGCAACAAGAAGAACCAAAAAAAACUUCAACAUGGGUAAGGUUCACGGAUCAUUGGCACGUGCCGGUAAGGUCAGAGGCCAAACCCCAAAGGUAGCCAAGCAAGAUAAGAAGAAACAGCCACGUGGACGUGCUCACAAGCGUAUUCAGUACAACCGCCGUUUUGUUACCGCCGUUGUUGGUUUUGGAAAGAAGAGAGGACCAAACUCAUCUGAGAAGUAAGCUUUGGAGAGGAUGUAGCUUUUUAGUUUAAUGGGAUUGUUUUUACGUUGCUGCUUUGUGUUUUAGACAAUGUUAAUCAUGCUCUAUGUCCUGUAUCUAGUUUAACCGUUCAGGAUUUAUAUUGAGCUCAGUAUUUUGAUACUUACUAUUCUGGAAAGUUGUUGUGAAGGAGUAGCAAAUGUUUUUAAGUA